GCUUUUUCAUGAUGGGCCAAAGAAGCGAAUGAUGAGUCGGGUUGCACACUUUUGGUAGACUGCAUGUGACAGUGGUCAAUGACUUGUAAGCUCAGCGUGCUUCUCACGAAGGCAUGUGCCAUGUAAGUACCUUGGACUUGCUCUAUCACCACAUCACUGCUUCUCGUCGUACUGCUGUGUGAAUUUCACCAGCCAACAUGGGCUCAAUCUCUUACGCCAACGAUACAGCCUCUGCCCAGUAUCCUCAAGAGACCUAUCUAUCAGUCAAACUUGCUCCAGGUACCUUGGUUGAAAAGAAACGACGAGCUUCCAGCGCUGUAUCUUUGAAACGGCAAUUAGGGUUCCUGAAGAGCACGGGUCGGUAUGACGCUUUCAAGCUCAAAUGGCAUCCUUCAUACGAUGAACCUCCUACGGUCUGGCCCAUUGGGACUUGGCUCUUUUGGGACUCAGACAUUGGGAAGUGGAUUGAGGGCGCUUGCUACUUUUUGCAGACAGACUAUGACGCCGAAGUUGACCAAGCAGUGCAAGAGCUCACCGAAAUGAUCGCUUCCGCACAGCACGAAGACGGUUAUUUGAACAUCAAUUACUCGGUCGUCGAACCUUUAAGCAGACGAUUCACGAAUUUUCGGGACAUGUGCGAAGACUACAAUGCCGGACAUUUGCUCGAAGGCGCUCUUGCUCAUCAGCAUUAUUACAAGAAUGACAAGCUUCUGGCUCCAAUGUUGCGGUACAUGGAACUGCUGAUGAAAGUACUGGGACCGAAAGAGGGCCAACUCCAUGGAUACCCAGGCCAUCCAGAACUCGAGCUUGCACUUGUCCGACUAUACGAAAGGACGAAGGAUACGCGGUAUUUCGAGUUCGCGAAGUACUUCGUGACUGAACGAGGCAAUCCGAAAGGUGCAGAUGGACGACAUUUCUAUGACUGGGAGGCCGAGCGAAGAGGAGACGACCCGCACAGGCGUCCUUACUACUAUCCGGAGUACAACCCAUCCAACUGGUACUACUCUGCCUCUGUACCGUUGACGGAAAUGAAAGCAGUGGAAGGGCACUCCGUCCGGCCAACGUACCUGCUUACCGCAGUCGCCGACAUCGUCAGAUUGGAGAAGUCGUCAAAGGGGGCUCUGCACGAAGCUAUCGAGAGGCUUUGGAACGACAUGGUGUCUAACAAGAUGUACGUCACAGGCGGCAUAGGUUCCAUCGCCCAGUGGGAAGGUUUCGGCAUUCCAUACUUCCUUCCACAAGGCACCGAUGAAGGUGGCUGUUAUGCUGAGACCUGUGCCGGGAUUGGAAUUAUGAUGAUGGUACAGCGAGUCCUGCAGUACGAAUUGGACGGAAAAUACACUGACAUAAUGGAACUUGCUUUCUACAACGCUGUCUUGACAGCCAUGUCUGUUGAUGGAAAGAAAUACACAUAUGUCAACCAGUUGGCCUCGAGCGAUACCAACCCGGCCGACCGAAGCGAAUGGUUCAAGUGUUGCUGUUGUCCACCCAACAUCAUGAGAACUUUGGCCAUCAUCGGAGGGUACAUUUACUCUCAACCAACGAUAAGCGAAAAGACCGACACCCAUGUGGCUGUGCACCUCUAUAUACCUAGCACGCUUGACUUCGAAGCAGAGGGCGAGAAGUCUCAAUUGACACAAGAAUCGAAUUGGCCCUGGGACGGUGACAUCAAGUUCCGACUAUCGUCGGCGUCGAAGAAUGUUUCCGUCAGCCUCAGAAUACCUAAAUGGGCUGAAGGGUGGAGCGUUGACCCUGAACCGCCGCACAGUCAAGUCGAGAAGGGAUACUUGACUCUGCCGACUCCCUGGCUUGUGGAACAUCCAGAAUUCACGCUUCAAAUUCCCAUGAAGCCAAGAGUCGUUGCAGUCCAUCCGUUUACAACGCAAGACACAAUCUCGCUGGCCCGUGGUCCCAUCAUUUACUGCGUCGAGGAUUACGACAAUCCCUGGGUGGAGGACCACUUCAAGAGUUUGCAAUUGGACCCCGACGCGAACGUCGAGGAGAAACUCGUCACCGAUCCAACCACGGAAGAGGAGUACGUGGCGCUGUCUGUGCAUCGUGGCUCUUCGCUUCUGCCAAAGUUGAACGCAGAGCCAAGCAUCCCGUGGAAGGACCUUGCGAAAGCCUCCGCCGAAGGUAGCGUCGUGGAGGAUUUGCAUUUCGUUCCCUACUAUUUCCAUUCGAACAGGGGUGGGCGCGGUCACGUCCGUACCGGUAUACGACGCUGGAUCCGAUAGACGGCAAGCCUAUUUUCAGAAGAAGUGGCACAGUCUGACGGAAAGGACAUCGACGAUACAUAUUCGAAGUCCAGCAGGUUCGCGACGGUGGGUGCCUUGACUUCAAGCUAGGAGGACUAUAUGGUGGAGCUGAUAACCUUCCUCCUGUCAAAAACGAACUAUAUCAUUGUGUGCGAAUCCAGGUUGGCAAUAAGGAAGGAUGUCUAAUUCAGAGAACUAUUCGGCGCCACAAAAAAGAGCAAAAACUCAGUCAACCCGUUCAGAGGGUUGAUCGUGAGGAAACCCCAGGGGGUUUAUUAAGGGUUACAAUAGGUUUCAAACAUGCCUGCAGACCAAAUGACCAUUCUGUAGAUGUCUCCGCUCUCAGUCUGUAUAAACUUCAUUCACAGGUCGUUACCAGAG